AUGUUGACACGCAUCAAAAUCGGACGGGUGAGACAAAUUGCCGUUUUGGCAAGCAGUAAGCGAAUGUCACGUAUUUACGAAACAACUUCUCAUGGACGUGUUGGCGCGACAGCAGCAGUUUAUAGCGCGGCAAUUCUGGAAUACCUGACCGCUGAAGUGCUCGAAUUGGCAGGAAAUGCUUCCAAAGAUCUGAAAGUCAAGAGGAUCACUCCGCGUCAUUUGCAUCUGGCUAUUCGGGGUGAUGAGGAACUAGACACUCUGAUAAAAGCAACUAUUGCCGGUGGAGGUGUGAUUCCACACAUCCAUCGUUACUUGAUGAACAAGAAGGGUCAACCAUCGACAGUUCCGAAACAGGCCCAGGCCUGA